UUGGAGGUUUAUUCAUUGUAAAAAUUAAAAUGAACGGAAUAAUAAGAAAUACUUUGCGUUCGUCAGUGAUCAGAAAUUUGUUUUCCUCGACUUCGAGCAUAGGAAUUACAAAUAAUCAGUUAAGAUCAUUAUGGAAUGUUUCUCGACAAAUCCAAUCUGUACCUCUCCUUUCGGUAAAAUCGUUUCAACACGGAAAUAAUCUCUGUAAAUGUGGUUGUUGUAGAGGUGCCCACACAAAAGCUGAGAAGGAGCUAGUAGAAUUUCUAGCGGAAGAGAUUAUAGCGGAAAAGAAAGCUCAGAAAUUAAAAACUAUUCCCACCGAAUUAGAUGGAUUCAAAGUAUCACUUAACGGAUCGUUCGUUACUUUAGAGAAGAAACAAAGCGACGAAACAAUUAAAAUUUCGUUUGAUAUAAAUCAUUCGGUUAGUUCCGACCCUCAACCUGACAUCGAAAUGUCGAGCGAUAAUCCAGAUAUUGGAGAUAUAAAGAGUAAACCACAAUUUACGAUAGAUAUAGUAAGAGGAAAUCAAACUCUUGAAUUUUCCUGCAGUUUUAAUAGCGAACCUGGUGCAUCAGGUGCUAAUGACAAUUACAACGAUAUCUUUUGCAUAGACGAAAUUAGUUUGUACGAAGGAGAAGGUACUGAUAAUAUAUACGUUGCAGAGGGUGAAAUCAUUGAUGGUUAUCUCUAUGACUUGCUUAUGAAUUACCUCGAAGAAAAAGGUGUUUCGAACGAGUUUGCGGAAAAAUUAGUUGAACUUAGUACGAACUACGAGCAUACCGCGUAUGUUAGUUUGCUGGAAGGUCUUUCAAAAUUCACAUCUAAAAAUUAGUUAUUCCUUAAUUUUAAUUCCUACUGUAUUUAUAAUCAUUUAGGUAUAGAUUAUUUGUGUAAGAAUAUCUUUAUAAUAAAUAUAUGUAACAAUUCGUUGCAUGCAUUUUGUUAAGCAGUUCUAUUAAAAAAUAAACACAACUUGUAACAUCCCUAUUGUUAGUGCUGUUAGUAUUUGUUAAUAAAAUAUUAUACUUGAA